CGUCAAUAUGAAUUGAAGGGUUGACAUUCGAAAUUCAGUUAGAAUCGGGUGUGGAAUCAGGCCCCCGGUUGGAUUCCAAUCUUACUCUGUGUAAUUUUCGUGCCCUUCGUGCCGUCUGGUGUUUGUCUGAGGGAAAUGGAUAUUCAACAUGAUCAGCCGUUUCUUUUUACGUUUCUGUCUUCAAUGGAAGAAGAAUUCGGAAUAUUCAUGUCAGAUUCCAUCAACUGAUUCAGGAGGAUCUACGAAAAGAACCGAAUUGCCCAUCACUAUGACCCAGGAGUGGAGUAGAAUGGCUGUGUUUAGGUCUACGACUAUUUUGCUAUUGUGAUAAUAGUAAUUAAACAUUCAUGAAAAAUGGAUAUUUCAUUAAAAUGUCGCGCUUGUUCAAGCGAUAGCCUGAUUAUGUGUAAUUUAUACGAGGAAAUCACCGACAAUGUGAGCUUGAAAGAUAUUUUGGUGGAUUUGAUGAAGUUCCAGGGAGAACCAAACGAUGGUCUGUCGCCGCAUCUUUGCAAAAAUUGCACCGAUACCAUUGUUGAUUUCUACAAUUUAAAGAAAACGUUUUUAGAAAAUGAAGCACAAAAUAAACAUUUGGUACAGUCAGAAAAGGUGGAGUCUUGCAGUGAAAAUGGAGAAUUCUGUGAUGAUUAUAUUCCCCAAGAUGAACCAGAGCCAGCACAUCACAUUGAAAGAAAUGUAUCUGAAAUAAUUAAAAACGAAACGACCAAAGGAGAUUAUGUUGAAACAGUCUAUUUGAUUCAUGAUAAACCCACAGAAACUGAAGUCGCUUUAAAUGAGGAUGUACCUCAGAAGUUAUAUAAAUGUUAUGAAGUAUCUAAAGGCAGCAAGACGUUAAAGCGCAUUUUCAUUACAAAUAACAGUGAAACUCCAGCAGCAGAAAAUGAUCAGACUCAAGGCCAGAAGAGACUUAAAUGGCAAUGCAAAGAUUGUAAUGAGGUGUUUACAUCUGAACAAGAAUAUAAAAAGCACCUGAGGGGCCACAAAAACUUCAUAUGUGAGCUAUGUGGGAAUAAAUACUCCUCUAAAAAGAAUCUGAUGGAUCACAUGGAUACACAUGAAGAUGAAGCAAAGUAUGUUUGUCCCUAUUGUAACAAAGGAUUUAAACAAAGAACAACAUUCCACAAGCACAAGAAAAUACAUACACAUCCAAAGCAGAAAGUAUGUGAAAUAUGUGGAAAAAGGUUUACAUUCCGCGAGACCUUGAGGACCCACAUGUAUCUCUGCCACACAGAAAACAAAAAACGUUUUGAAUGCACAUACUGCAACCAUACGUUUACAAUGAUGGGCGGACUUAGAAAACACAUCAGAAGGCGCCAUCUAGACGACAGACAGGAAUUUGCGUGCACCGAGUGCAACAAAGUAUACAAAGACAAGUUCGUGCUGAAUAGACAUAUAAAAGUGCAACAUGGCGAACUGAAAGGUGAAAGGCACGAUUGUCACUGUGGAAAAUCGUUCGCGUAUGUUGAGAGUUUGAAAAAACAUAUGAAGAAACAUCAUCCCGAGUGUGAUCCAGGAAUUGAGACGAAAUUAAGAUGAGGUAGUGACGGUGAUUAGUGUGAUUUUAAUAAAAUGUUUGGAUGUACAAGAUUUUUUUUUACAAAAAAAAACGCAAAGGCGAAGUCAAAAUGCUGGAUUACCGGUAGUAUAGAGAAGUUAAGGUGGGGUUCGUGCAUGGACCAACGAAAAAAUAGAUGGACAGAGCAUCAAAAUCAAUGACCACAAGCAAAAUGCACCAUAAUCAUGAAGUCGAAACUCUCUUUUUCUAAUGGCAUGGAUGUUGUGUGAAUUAAUGGGCGCCUACAGUGGCGUAGACUGUGACAGAGGUCUAUAAUAAAAAUUGAAUAAAGACCACACUAUACUACUAAACAAUACCUAAUUGGAAUAAUCACUGGGUAUUUAGUUUGAUUGCUGUGCACAAAGUUUAGUGAUGACCGUAUGUAUGCACCAUAAGUUUUUGCUGUCCAAGUUUGACUAAGUUAAGAGCAGUACUUCUGUGCACCGACUUCAUUCCGUAUCUUCCCAGCUAAGAACACUUUCGAUCCGACAAAAAUCUUUCUAUGUAUUAAGUUACAGUGGACAACAAUCAUGUAUGCAGAAGAAUGCACAGUUUCAUAUUUUCAACUUGUAAUGUGAAAUCGUUGUUUGCCCUUUAAAGAGCUUGAAAAUAUAAGCAUAUUCUGAAAAAAACGUAAAAUCUUAAUUUUUUUAGUAUUUUUGAA